AUGGCCUACGCCUACCCUGCCCACCACCCCAUUGCCGGCGCCUCCUCCACCUCCCUCGACAUCGGCAGGCAUUCUCGCGAACCGUCCAGGAACAACUGGGGCGUCAUUACAGAGUUCAGUCACAAGGUCGCUGAAGAUGACAUCUACAUCCGAUUCUUGGAAGAGAGAGUGCGUGUAGAGAGAGAGUAUAUCGAUGGCCUGCGCAAGUUGUAUGACCGGACAAGGUCCAUCGACUCGCUGCACGACGAUGCUCCCCCUCCACAAAAAUGGGAAAAGCCUACAUCCAGAAUAGCGUGGGCAGAGGUCAGAGAUUACACGCUGCGCGAGAUUGAAUCAAGGGAUGCUAUGCGAAACGCGCUGGAGGAACACGUCGUCAAGGAGCUGGUUCGGCUCAAGGACCAACAAAGCAAGAUCAAGAAUUCUCUCAAGGAAAACAUCAAAUUGGCAGAGAGCGCCUAUGAGGAGCAUGCCAAGCAUCAUCUUCCAAAGGUCAAGAAGAGCUACGUCCAAAAGUGUCAGAUCCUCGAAGAUCAUCGGCGACAAGAGAAUGCGAUUGCAAUGCAAGCUCGAUUAUUGUCUACCCCCAGUCCAACUUCUCCCACGACUGCCAAUUUGCAAGAACACCCGUAUGCGGCCCCAGCUGGCCCCUCCUACACCACUCCUCCCAGCGCAACCCCGCCUCUUCCGCCCGUGAGCAAUCCUGCUCUGAUCUCUGUCAAUGAGAUCGACAAGGAGAGGGUCGGGAACAGACUUCGCGCUGGGUCAGGCUCAGGACUGGAAAACAAAUCGAGGGACGUAUUCAACGACAUUGCCGCCUCGGGCAAGAAAGGGUUCUCUGCAUUCAUCCAGAGACUUGGGGGAGACAAGGAGAGAGGGGACGACGUAUCUCUCGCAGGCGGACUGGAGGGUGAAGGACUGCAGAGAAGAGGGACCACGGGAAGCUCCAACUCCAAAGCCCAAAUGGCGAUGCGUGGUGCCAAGGUGAAGCGCGACGCCGAUGAAGCAGACAAGGCUUAUCGGACUGCCAUCUUCCACCUCGAAUCAUUGCGCCUCAGAAGGGAAAAGAUGCGAAUCUCCGCAGUGACACACCUGGAAGAAUUCAAUGACGAGCUCAGCAAGACUUUGAAGACAGCACUGCAACUCUACAUGGACAUCAUGCACAGCACAGCAGUUACAAACGCCCAAGCAACAGAGGUGGCUCAACGUGCAGUCAAUGUUAUCGAUGCUGAUCAUGACAUGCGCAUCUUUCGCACAAAAUUACACGCGUCUAUGCAAGACAUGUCUCGCGCCCCAGUACCGUAUGAAAACUUUUAUGUCGGCCCUUGUAGAUCCCUCAUCUUUGGUGUCAGUCUAUCUGACUAUGACUUUGCUCGGGCCGAUGGCAAUGACCAUGGAUCACCCCCUACCAUUGUCGAAAAGUGCCUCGCGGCCAUCGACGCCCGAGGCCAAGACUUGGAAGGCAUCUACAGAGUCAACGGCAGACAUGCUGCCGUCCAGAAGAUGAUCCAAGGGAUCGAAAAGGACGAGGCUUUAUUCGAGUUUGACGAAAAGGACGAUGUCUUCAGCAUUGCCAGUAUUCUCAAGCAAUACCUCCGCGAGCUACCGGAACCCGUCUUCAACCUUCCUCAUGCAGAGAGGGUCAGGUACAGUAAGAGCCGAGAAUCUCAUAUCUCUAGCAGCUUCAACGCUCUCCGCGGACGUCUGCGCCGAUUGCCACCCAUUCACCAGACUACAUUCCAGGCUAUCAUCGAGCAUCUCGGUCGAAUUAAUGCCAAUUCCGCCACCAACAAGAUGGGCGCCAAGAACCUUGCUGUAGUAUUCAACUCUGUCAUUUUCGGCCAAGACUUGGUUCCCACUGAUGGAAACGUCCUAGCCAUGCACCAUGAGCAGGAUACCGUGCUCGAGGAUCUCAUCACCUACUCUGAAUUGCUGUUUGGCGCCGAUUCACCUCUUCAAGCACCACGAGUACUGCCCCCGGAUUCUGGUCUCUCCCACUCUGGUGUUCUCACCCAGGAUGUCGGUAUCGAUGGACCUCGACCUGGUACAUCACGGACCAAAAUCCGCAUCGCACCCGACGAUGGCAUUCCUCCAGAGGUAUCUACUCGCCCCGCCGCCGAGCGCCUGAAUUCAGGUGGUCAUUCUAGCGUGACCGUCACUGGUCAGCCAGAUAUAACUCCCGUGGCAGAGUUUGGACCGGGUGCUGCCCGUGGAGUUUUCACUCGGGACGAAGACUUGACGUUGCAAUUUGACGCUUCGCUGAUCCCCGCUUCCAUGAAAGAAGGGUUACCGGAGAAUAUUCAUGUGCGACCGCUUGCCUCUACUGAUCUGUUGCGGCAUCACUUCCAGCUCCUCAACGAUCUUCGUCCAUCCCCCGCUCUUGCACCUUCCGUCUAUAACGCCAUCUUUACCCACUUUCACACGGCCCCUGGCACGUACUACGUAGUCGUCAUGGUCGACAAGACCACAGAUGAGCUUGUUGCGUCUGGCACACUCAUUGUGGAGCGUAAACACAUCAAUGGAGGAGGCGCAUCGGGUCACUUGGAGGAUAUCGUGAUAUCUGGGAAAAUGCAAGGGAGGAAGCUAGGGGUGAGGCUGGUGGUUGGUCUCAGAGAAUUGGCCGUCUUGCUUGGGUGUUACAAAGUCAUUUUGGACUGUCAAGAUGCCAAAAUACCAUUCUACGAGAAAUGUGGCUUCUACCGGAGGAGCGCAGGUAUGGCCUACUACGUCUCCUCAGGUGACGUCUCCCAUCAAGGAUCUCCCGGUGCUCUGGACGUCCCUGCAGCGUCCGCUAAACGCGGUUCUGGUGAUACCCUUGCCCCUCCUCUCGUCAGCACCGGCGCCAUCACACCCCUGUCAGAUCUCACAGACACGGACGCGACACCGCGGUUGGAUCAGUACUCGCAUUCGAACGAUGCUAUCCUCGGCGAACCUGCGUCUCGAGACCGAGCAGCGUCCGAUGCGUCAUCUGAAGGCGGCGUCCUUUUAACAGUCCCGCCUGAAGUUGCGGCAUCUGACGGCUCAACUCCUGGGACCCCUCGCACAUUCACCUCAGCAUCCUCUGGAACAGGUACCGGUGUGACCUACAGCUUUCCAACCUCCGACUCGAGUGCCCUUCCAGCCUGGGCCGCCGAAGGGCUGGGGAGUAAAGCUCUCAGGCGCACUUCCGCAACCAGUUCUUUGACUGGCUCGCCCGAAUCCCUGGGACAGAGGGGCGGGAGCAGUGGAGGAAGGAAGAGGAUGGGGUCUGGCCUGUCGGGUCAGGGCAAGGGGGAGUCAGAGGAAGGAGAAGAGCUGGAUUAUGCAGCCCGGAGAGAGGCCGCUGGCACGCCGUUGCCCCCUGGGGCGGCGCCGCCUAAUCUUGAGACUGAGCCAGAAAGGAUUUGA